CUCUCCUCUUUCUCUCCUCUUUCUCUCCACCCAUCGAGAGCCAUGGUGAAACCAAUCUCUCCGUCCUGGUUCAGACCCAUAGCCACCCUCCUAAUCCCACGGGGAGAGACCCUCUGGUACUUCUUCGCCCUCCUCUCCGUCCUCUCCCUCCUGGGCCAAGAACUCACCCGCUGCUCCGCCCUUGCCGCUGCAGCUGAUUUCGAAGGCUUCGGCGACGAAGGUGAAGAAGAAGACCACUCCGAUAUUCCCGAAAUUUCCGAUCUACCAUUCCGCUCAACCGUCCCUCCUCCUCCAGUCACCAAAUCCGACUUCGAAACUCAUCACGGCCCUCCAAACUCCGCCACGUCAUCUCCCUCACCUGCUUCCUCCGAUCCCUCACCCAAAGCCUUCGAUUACUGGGACGAAGAGGAAUUCGAAGGCCUUCCCAUCACCGAACCCUCGCAAACGCCGCAAGAAACCACCACCACAUCUUCCCCGGCGGAGGAUCCCGAACCCACAAUACCGCCGCAAAAGCCUCGAUCUUACACUAUCGAGAUCGUCUGCAUCAGUUUCUUGACCUGUUUUGCGAUCAAUUAUUUCACUGGUAAGCGAGAGAAUGAGAACAUCGCUUUGGCUUGGGCGGCCAAGUUUGCCACCAAGGAUUCGAUUUUUGAUAAGAACUUCAGUUUGUUGGGUACUGGAGAUGGUACCGAUACGCCAUUGUUGUUGAAAGAAGGGCCGAAUGUGUUUAAGUUUUAUGCGAGCGGGAGGAGGUACUGUCAGGGUAUGUUGGCCACCAUGGAGCUUCAGAGUCGGCAUGAUUUGAUAUCGAGGAUUUAUAAUUUGAUUGUGCCGUGUAAGGAUGAGAUUAGUUUUGAAGUUUAUAUGAAUGACGAUGCCAUGGAUCAUGUGGUUUUUGCGCUUGCGAAGAAGAAGGUUGCUAAAGUGAUGCAGAAGGAGGUUAGGGAUCUUCAGAGGUAUGCGAGUUUGGUUUCGCCACUGAGUAAUCGGAAAUGGGUUGUCGAAGAUUUCGCUGUUAUUUCUGAGUCCAGGGAGGUUGCUGGAGAUUUGAUCACUGAGACCGUUCUUGAUCAGGUCUUUGGUGAUAAAGCAUUCGAGAAAUUUGGAAAAGGGUUCAUGUUGAUGCAUUUUUCUGAUCAACACUCGGGCACAUACAGGAAAAUGCUAUAUUUCAAGUUUGCUCUUCCAGAUGCCAAGCACAUGGCUGACAUGACCCGAUUGGUGGCUCUUGUACCAUACUACAUUGAUUUGAUUGGCCGUUACAAAGUCAGUUCGCAGGUCCGCUCUAAAACAGAAGCAGCUAGGUCAAAGGUUGCCCAAGAGAUUUACAAAGAGCAUCUAAAUGCUAGGCAGGAAGCUUUGCAGAAAAGGAAGGCAGAGAAGAAAAAGAUAGAAGAGGCUGAGGUGAAGCUCAGUGGAGAAGCACUUCGCAAAAAGGAAGCAAAAGAGCGAGCACGUCAGAUGAAAAAGGCAAUGCCAAAAGUGAAGAUGACCCGUGCUCACUAGAUCCAUUUUAGUUGCUGGCAAUAUUGGGGCUCUAUGGUUCUCUCUCUCUCUCUCUCGCUCGCUCACAAAAUUUUUGCUUGGGUUGCAGUCAAACUAUUUGGAUGUCGUAUAAUUUUUCUGUUAUCCAAGAUAGGUAGUUUCUUCAUCAUGCAGCAGUGUACUUUAGUCAUUGUUUACAUAUAUGUUAGCCAGUGUAACCAUUAAAAAGAUUUUGGGGGAUUAACCGAUUGACUCAUUGAGGAAACUAAACCUGGCCUCUGCCUCUCCCAGGUUUCUAGUUAAAAUACUUUAGCAUUCAAUUUGAAGGGUGUGAGGGCACUCAAUUUGAAGACUAAUGGGAACUGUUGA